AUUUUUGUUUUCCAGUUGCAAACAUCGUGCUCCGCGAUUGUAACUGCUUCCGGGGUGCAAACACUGGCAGUCGGACAGAAGGGCGGCGGGAAGUUUGGUUUAUUUACGGAACCACAUAAGGCAGUCUGCUAAUAUGAGUAGUGCACACCUGAAUGAAUGGCAGAAGCGGUCCAUUGGCAUUACAUCUGGCACCUGGAAACCUGAACAGAAGGCAGAUGCCUACCGGGCAAACAUUUUAGACAUCCAGUAUGCAUGGGCAAGCGGAGACCUCUCAGAUGGUGCUGCCAGGAGCUUGUUCAAGAGGUACGCAAAGAAGUAUUCAGCCAUUGUGGAUUCUGACAGUGCAGAGACUGGCUUGAAUAACUAUGCUGACAGCGUCCUGCAACUAGCCAGGUGUCAAAGGAACAACAGUGACAAGUGGGAAUCCUCCUUAACUCAAGAAAGUGUACUGAAGCUAAAAUGCGUGCAAGAGAUGAUUGAAGUGGGCACAAAAAGCAGGAAUUCCCUCGUGGCACCAGCUGAUUUGAACUUGACAGUUGCUGGUGAGGUCAGUGCUAAUGCGAAUGAAAGGCACCUGAAAGUUGUCUCUAGUUGCAACUCUAAAGGUCUUGCAUCUAAAAGUAGAAGUUGUGCUAUAACCAAUGUGUAUGCAGACAGAAGACCACCUGUUCAGAAGCCUUUAUUUAAUCAUUGCAUAGGUGCUACCAGUGCAUCUGGCUUAUUCAACAGUAGCUCCUCAGUCACUGUAGAAACUGCCCCUUCAGUACUUAUAAACCAGGAAAUGCCAAGUUCUUCUUCAGGCUUGAGUCAUUUUGGGUCUGGACUUACUCACCCUAAUGUCACACAGUCAGCAGUUUCCCAGCAUUCCAACUCAAUUAAAAGGAAAACAUUCUCCAGCACCUACAUUGACGAAGGUACUAAUGCUCACCAGCCUUAUAAUACCUUUGAGCAGGGACAUUCUGUCAGUCAUGGUGGGAUCAGAAAGAACACAGAAGAGAACAGUAUGUCUAGCUUCCGGACAGCAAAGGAACAACUGCUUGUAGAACAACAUAAAAAAAACGGAAACCACCCUCAACGAAUGCCUGUGAUGUCUUCCUAUGGAGGAACAAAAAAAUCCUUGGGAGCUAGUAGAUCUAGAGGUGCUUUUGGAAAGUUUGUACCACCAGUGCCCAAGCAAGAUGAGAAUGAAGGCAGAGGGAUGAUUUUAAAACCUUCAGGUGCAUCUUCUGAUUCGACCAUUCCAGUUGAUGAGCGACUGAAAAACUUUGAGCCAAAAAUUAUUGAGCUUAUCUUGAGUGAAAUUAUGGAUCAUGGUCCCCCAAUUACCUGGGAUGACAUUGCUGGACUAGAGUUUGCCAAAGCCACCAUUAAGGAGAUUGUAGUUUGGCCCAUGUUGAGACCAGAUAUCUUCACCGGGCUUAGAGGGCCACCCAAGGGCAUUCUCCUUUUUGGUCCUCCUGGAACUGGCAAAACAUUAAUUGGGAAAUGCAUCGCAUGCCAAUCUGGAGCAACCUUUUUUAGCAUCAGUGCUUCUUCACUCACUUCUAAAUGGGUUGGUGAAGGUGAGAAGAUGGUUCGUGCCUUGUUCUGUAUUGCCCGCUGUCACCAGCCUGCUGUCAUCUUCAUUGAUGAGAUUGAUUCUCUCUUGUCUCAAAGAGUAGAUGGUGAACAUGAUUCUUCUCGCCGAAUAAAAACUGAAUUUUUAGUGCAGCUGGAUGGGGCUACCACCUCAGCUGAUGAAAGAAUUCUUGUUGUUGGAGCUACCAAUCGGCCUCAAGAAAUUGACGAAGCAGCAAGGAGGCGGCUGGCUAAGAGAUUAUAUAUUCCUCUGCCAGAAGCUUUGGCUCGUAGGCAGAUUGUGGAAAAGCUGAUGUCUCAAGAGAACUGUCAGCUUGAAAAUAAUCAACUUCAGUUGAUCAUUAAGCAGUCGGAAGGUUUCUCGGGAGCUGAUAUGACCCAACUCUGUCGAGAAGCUGCCCUUGGUCCCAUUCGCAGCAUAAAAGUCAUGGACAUCUCCACCAUUACACCUGAUCAAGUCCGAGCCAUUGCCUACUGUGACUUUCAAGAUGCUUUUCGGACUGUGCGACCCAGUGUUUCAGCCAAAGACUUGGAGCUGUAUGAAACUUGGAACAAGACCUUUGGCUGUGGUCAUUGAUUAAUGUGGGCCUUGAAAGGUCAUAAGCAGAAAAUCAAUUUUAGGGUUCCCAAAUCAUUAAUAUUUAUUUGUUUAAUCUACAUAUUGUUUGCUUAAGACUCAUUAAUAAACAUAGAAUGACUUUUGUCUUUCAAAAAUGGAUUUGAUGUGCGAGUUGGUGGCUGUUGGAGGUUGGGUAUUCCUUAAGUGAUGGGCACAAAUCAGUCAGGUUUGUUUUUGAAGUUCAUAAGUAACUGUCCCAGGGCUUUUCCACUAUAGUCAGAGGAGAGCAGUUAGCUCAGAUUAAAUGAAUAUUUAGAUGGCUUAGUGAAGGAUAUGACUGUCGUAGUUUUUGCAUAAGCUCUAACCCAAGAAGCAUCAUCCAUGCACAAGUUGGUAAACCCGUCCUCCGACAGUGUCUGGAACUUACAGGCAAGGAACAGUGAUGUAGUGGGUGGACAUGGAGAACAAUUAAAUGGUGAAUUAUUAUUCAAAGCAGAAUAGCUACCCCAUCAAGUAGUACACAAGUGUUUCUGGUGACUGUAUGGAUUGGAGCAUUCAGGUCAAAUGUGUCUUGUUCUUCUUCCUGAGCGUCUUUUCUUCAGUAUUUGUAAUAAACAUGUCUUUACUCUU